ACUUAAAUAUGCUGCAGCAUCCAGCAGGUUCUGUCUUUCUGCCUCUCAUUCUCUCCAUCACAUGCUCUCUUUAUUUCUCUCUCUCACUGUCCGCUCAGUCUGCAUCCUGUAGCCCUGCUGUGCAGUCCUCUCUCUCUCCAUCUCUCUCUCUGCACCACUAUUGGAGGAGGAGUCACUGACACACACACACACAACCUCUCUCACGCACCGUCUCUCUCUCUCACACAAACUCUGUGUGACCAUCCCAGCCAGCAGCCCAGUUUCAGAGCAGGGGAGCCCAGGAGAGACCUAUCCUAGAAUGGAUGUACUGAUGAAGGGGUUCAGUAUGGCCAAGGAGGGGGUGGUGGCCGCAGCAGAGAAGACCAAGGCUGGGGUGGAGGGGGCAGCCGCUAAGACCAAGGAGGGGGUUAUGUAUGUAGGUUCAAAGACAAAGGAGGGAAUGGACGCAGGAGUAAACAUAGUUGCUAACCGCGACCAGGCGAACAUCGUCGGGGACCCCACUGCUGCCGGAGCUGACCUCUUACAGGGAGGCAUGGAGAAUACCGGACAAGGGGAGGAGCCUCAGCCUGUGUACGAGGCGGAAUAUGGAGGAAUGGAGCAGGGAGGAGAAGGAGGACAGGGCUCUCAGGGCGGCUACUAGUCAUUCCAGGGACCUCUUCUCCCCAGCCCUCCGUUGGGACCUCUUCUCCCCAGCCCUCCGUUGGGACCUCUUC